AUGGCGGACACUGCCUCGAAGCAUCGAGCUGAGUUUGCCUUUGCUCAGCUUGAGAACGAGAGAUCUCUGACAUCUCUUCGUGACGAGCUAAGGGUAGCUCGUGGGAUUGCUGAUCGGUCUCGGGAUGAGAAAGCUGCUCUUCAGACCCUUGUUGAUGCCCACCAUCGGGAGCACAAGGCUCUCUGCGAGAUGCUUGAGCGCAAGGGCGUUCUUCAUCGGAAGAAGCAGCGUACUGAUGGUACAGCUUAA